GGAGGCUUAUUGUAUGCUCAAAUGAACCAUAAGCUCUCAACCAUGAAUGAACUCGCCUGACCUAGAUGUCAAAGGCUCCUCCCAUUCCCUUCUCUCGUCUGAAUGCUCCCGGGGCAGGACGUUGGCAGAAGGGGAUGAGAUCGACCCUGCUCUCCCUCCGAGCCUUUCUGUGUAAAAGAUUGUGAGCAAAGAUUUUUCUGCAAAUCAACUAUCAACAGAUAGUAGAAAUUCAGCCCAAGGCAGCAGCCACCAAAAAGGAUGAUGGAGCCUGGGGAACUCUUGGAUGCCCCAUCAGACCCAAGCAGCACUUUGAAAAACCAUAAAAAACCUCAUGAAUGCUCAGAGUGUGGGAAAUCCUUUGCUGGCCAGUCCCUCCUUUUGACCCACAGGAAGGUCCAUGUGGGAAGCAGAUCCAGUCAAGGUUUGGAGGGUGAUAAAUCUUUCUCUGGGAAAAACUCCAAAGAUCUCAGGAGCCCCCCAACACUAAAACCCUAUAAAUGUGAUGAAUGUGACUUAUGCUUUGGUCGAUCGUCAUACCUUCUUACACAUCAGAAAAUCCACACGGGAGAGAAACCUUAUCAAUGUCUGGAAUGUGGGACAUUUUUCCGUGAAAAAGCCACUCUCAUAAAGCAUGAGAGGACUCACACAGGGGAGAAACCUUACAAGUGUUCGGAAUGUGGGAAGAGCUUUUCUCAUAAGGCAAAUCUUUGUGUCCAUGAGCAGAUUCAUGCAGGAAUCAAACCUCACAAAUGCUUGGAGUGUGGAAAAUGUUUCACGCAGAUUUCAUCUCUUCGGAGCCAUGAGAAAACACACAGAGGGGAGAAAAACGAAAAGUGCCUCGAAUGCGGGAAAUGUUUUAUCUUGAAAUCAAACCUGCUGCAACAUCAGAGACUCCACACCGGAAUAAGACCCUAUGAAUGUGCAGAAUGCGAGAAACGAUUUCUAACUUCUUCUGAUCUUCGGAAACACCAGAUAGGGCACAAAGGCGAUAAACCGUAUAAAUGUGGGGCAUGUGGGAAAGGUUUCCUUGAACGAAGGAAGCUUCAGAGUCAUGAGAGAACACAUACAGGGGAGAAGCCAUUCAAAUGUGUGGAAUGUAAGAUGUGCUUUUCCCAAAAACACCACCUUGCCAGGCAUCAGAGGGUCCACACAGGAGAGAAGCCAUACAGAUGUGGAGAAUGUGGAAAAUGUUUUGCUCAAAAGGGAUACCUUUCAAUACAUUAUAAAACCCACACAGGGGAGAAGCCAUAUCAAUGCAACAAAUGUGGACAAUUUUAUCGUACUGCCUCAACCCUUAGAAAACAUGCUAAAAUUCACACAGGGGAACCAAAUUUCAAAUGUUUAAAGUGUGGGAGAACAUUUGCUGAUUCAUCUUCCCUUAGAGGUCACAGCCAAAUCCAUACAGGAGAGAAGCUGUAGUGACGUAACCUUAAAUUUAAGCAUAAUAUUCAAGAACCACCUCCCCCUAUGACAGAAAAGAAAAGUUUUUGAUCAGUGUAUGCUAAUCAAAUCAAAUCUUUCUUGUUAAUGUAUUAUUUUUGUUUUAAUUUUUUGAUAUAAAGUUUAUUAUUUCAGGAAAUGUUUAACAGCUUCCAAUUUUAUUACUUCUAUUACUUUUAAUUAUUUUGUUUAGUUGUUAUAAGGGGGAUUUACGCUAAAUGGAGAGGGGGAUUAUAGUCGGUAACUAUUUUGUCCAUUGGAUCUGUAUCUUUGUUGGUGAAUAGGAGAGCUGAAGAUUUAAAGAUAAGUUUGUAAAAAAUGGGAUCAGAUAUACAAUGAAGAUUCACCUAAUUGUAGUUUGUAAUUAAAGUGACAGUGAUCAAUCGUAUACUCAGGAUUAAGUGGAGCGGAGGUUACUUAGCACGUACAUCGCAGGUUGUGAGAUGUCUUAACUUUGAAUUACGUAAUAUUCAGUUUAGUGUGAAUUGUAAAUUGAUACCAGGUUGCUUCUUCGUUGCCAUGUAUUUAGAGAGUCUGGAGUUCUACAAUGAUGUCUGUCUGCCAACUGUCAUUAACUGCCAAUUUUUCAAUGUAAUCUGACUGCCAGUGGUUGCUAGUCUUUUGGUUCACACUACUGUGCUAUCCAGGGUGCACCACCAGGAGGCGAACUAGCAGCACACACCCCCCCCCCCCCCCAAAUGUGACUGUUGUGUUCCUGGAGAAAAUAUCCACCACAUUGUGUCUGAAUGUCCAUCAACAACUUACACUGGCCCAAUGUCUCAUGAUCUAUAAGUCCAUAUAUUUGCCAUACACUAAAUAAAUAAAUAAAACCAGGUUGCUUAUCAUGUGACCGAAAAUGUUAGGGUACA